GAAAAAGUUUUUUUUAAGUCACUCUGAAAGGUCCACUUUCAUCGUGCUGGUCGAUUUUCUCUCUUAUAUAACCGAAGCUUCACCUCGAGUACUCAGUGUCUGUAUGUGUUCUAAUUUUUAGAGAGAGAACAAGAAAAAAGGCGAAGAGGAGAGAGAUGGAAAAAGGAACAAUUAGAGAGGAUGAAGAAGCCCAGGCCCAUGUGGACAUAUGGAAAUACGUAUUCGGGUUUGUGGAUAUGGCUGUGGUAAAAUGUGCUAUUCAGCUCGGCAUACCCGAUGCCCUGGAAGCCCAUGGCGGCCCCGCGACGCUCUCUGACCUUUCCUCCGCCCUCGGGUGCUCCCCCUCCGCCCUCCACCGCAUCAUGAGGUUCCUGGUCUUCCGUAACAUCCUCAAAGAAGGUCCCGCCGGAUACCUCCAGACGCCACUGUCGCGCCUCCUCAUGAAGAACAACGACAAGAGCAUGGCGGAUUUCGUGCUGUUCGAGGCCAGCCCGGCGAUGCUCGCGCCCUGGCACGCCUUAAGUGCCCAUGCUCGAGCCAACGGGGCCCCGGCAUUUGAGUUGGCUCACGGUGAAGACAUCUGGAAGUUUGCCGCGGAGCAUCCUGCCGACCGCAAUCUCAUCGAUCGGGCGAUGGCCUGCGAUGCCAGGGUGGCCGUGCCGGCAAUAAUCGAAGGGUGUCCGGAGCUGUUCGAUGGGCUGGAGUCGGUGGUGGACGUGGGCGGAGGAACCGGGACUGUUCUCCGGAUGUUGCUCAAGGCGUUUCCGGGAGUUCGUCGGGGCAUAAAUUUCGAUCUUCCGGCUGUGGUGUCUGCUGCGCCGGACUGCGCCGGGAUUGAGCGUGUGGGCGGCGACAUGUUUGCUAGUGUUCCGAAGGCUGAUGCUGCAUACAUUAUGUGGGUUUUGCACAACUGGGACGACGAUGAGUGCAUCCAAAUCUUGAGCAACUGCAGGAAGGCUAUUCCCAAAGACAAAGGGAAACUGAUCAUAAUAGAAGCUGUGAUUGAAGAAGACCCUAACAACAAGCUCGAGUUUGUGAAGUUGAUGUUGGACAUGGCCAUGAUGGUGCACACAAACACGGGAAAAGAGAGGACUGCAAAGGAAUGGGCAUACAUUCUGACCCAGGCUGGAUUCAGUCGUCACACUAUAAAGCCAAUCAAAGCUGUUCAAUCGGUUAUUGAGGCUUACCCUUAAUUUGUAGGGUACCUUAUUCUUCUGCCUUGUUCAAUGUGUUCAAUUUGUGAACGGGCGUUGUUUUAUGUAUGAGAAUGAAUCUUGUGCAGCAUAUUAAGGCUGUUUGUCUAUCUCUUAAGAGAAAUAAGCACACUUGAAGCAGUGGUUCGAAAAUAAGUAUUGUAUGUUGUUGUUGUUGUCGUAUUUGAUUAAUUUUAAAGUUGUGACUA